AAUGUUUAAAAAAACAAGAGUUUGAAAAGUCAUAUAUUUAUGAACUGAUCAAGAAAUUCGGCAGUUCUCCGGUGCAAGAAGCAUUCAACAGAUAAAGAGAGCCACUUUCCAUGGUAAUAGCGAGAUAACAGUUCUCAAUAUACAACGGCAUACAUAUCUUUCUGUGCUCUGUGUACUGAGUCAGCCUUUGUGGUGGGAGGAAUGGGUUUCAAUGCAUCACAAGCACCUACUAACUACAUUUGCACCACAAUACUUUGUGACGUUGAGUCAUCAGUUGACAUUUUACUACAAGUUCUCUUCGAGCGGCUGCACAGAGAUGCCCUCAACAUCGCCUGUAGAAAAUUUCAAUCAGCUGAUAAAUGAAACGCUUGGUCCAGGACUGAAAGUGGAGAAUAUUCAAUGGAAACCCCUCACAGGUCCAGGAGAGAAUUAUGGAAGUACAAUUUAUUCUCUGGAUGCAAUCAUCACUAAAAAUGGCAAGACCGAGACUCUACCUCUCGUUGUUAAGUUGCCUCCCCCAUCCAAAGAUCUUCUAACUAUGUUCAAUAGCCCGGUAACUUUUUGGAAAGAAUUAGUGUUUUAUAGAGAUGUUGCACCUAAACUCAUACAAUUACAAUUGGACAACUUUAUAGAACAAAAUGAAGUUAUUGAUCUAACAGCAAAAUAUUGUUGUGGCAGAUUAGGGCUAAUCGACCCAAAUGUAUUCGACGACCAAGCUACAAUUGUAAUGGAAAAUCUCAUUGCGUCAGGUUACACUAUGCGAGACAGAUUAUUAGGGUUAGACUUUGAACACACAAAGUUUGCUAUUGGAGGACUAGCUAGAUUACAUGCUAUGGUAAUUGGGUUGAAGUUAAAAACACCUGAAUUUUUCAAGAACAUUGUUAUACCGAUGUUAGUCGAUCCGUUAAAUGAAGCUGCACUGGACUACGGUCGUGAGAUGAUAAGAGAAAUUCAUAUCAGCUAUAAAGAAAUUCCUGAAGCACAACCAUAUCUGGAUCGACUCGAUAGGGCUUUGAAAGUAGAAUAUGAAAUAACUCAGAUAAUUCCAGAACCAUUGGAACCAUGGGGAACGAUGACACAUAACGAUUUUUGGUCUAAUAAUAUAAUGUUCAAGUACAGCGAACAGAAUAGACCAAUCGGCAUGAAGAUAGUUGACUUCCAGUUUUGUUAUUACGAUUCCGGAACAAUGGACUUGAUUUUUUUCCUAAUAUCAAGUGCAAAUGAAACGGUUCUAGACAAUCAUCUGGAUGAAAUGAUUGACUAUUAUUAUGAAUCAUUUAUCAAUUGUCUAAAAACUUUAAACGUUGAUACAAAGAUAUUUACUCGAAAAGAUUUUGACACGGAAGUUAGUAGAUCCGCACCGAUUAGAUUAGGACACUGUCUAAUGAUGAUAAAUGUAAUAAAUACCGCACGAGUAGACAGUAAAGAGCCUAAAGAAAUUGAUAAACAUCCAAGUGUGAAAGAUGAUCCAAGAAUAGUCAGAAAAUUAUUACAUAUUUUGAAGAUCUAUGACAAGCAAGGGUGGUUGGUACAGUAAAGCUUGUCGCGAUUUAAUUAAAAAUUGCAUUAUUGCGCAGUGUGUUCUCAAAUCUAUAAAAAUAAUCGUAAUUCUUGCUAGUAGAAUAAUCUCACACUUUUUUAGGUCAAUAACAUUAAAAAUAAAACUUCAUCUAGA